AUGUCAAUACGCAGAUCUGCGCGACUCAGCGCGCGCCCUCCACCUGCCCUGACCCCCGUCACCAACGUGCCAAAGGUACAACAUGGCGGAGUCAGCAAACGGCGCAAAACCACGACAGCCAAAGAGACGAAGAAGGCCAAGAAGGCGACACCGAUCGCCACUCCUUCAAAGUCUGCACCAUCAUACUGGUCUCCAGAGCCCUCGGCGCCUCCCGCGACGACAUCAGCAACUUCACAAGAUACGGACCAGAAGCAGACACCUACUAAGAAAAGCAGACAUCUUACACCACCACCACUACUCGACCGUCCAGUCGAUCCACAUCGAACAAAUACAACUCUUUUGACACCAUACGGCUCUGCAGUCAAUGCCUACUCAGGAGAUACGUCGCCGUCCAAGACAGGAUUGCCACCUCCUACCGCGACAACGGGAACCCUGCUCGAGCAAGCGGUCGCACACCUGAUCGCCAUAGAUCCACGUCUUCAACCCGUCAUUGAGCAGAACCCAUGCCCGCUCUUCACACCCGAGGGACUCGCAGAGCAAAUCGAUCCCUUCAACAGCCUGGUGAGCAGUAUCAUAGGUCAACAGGUCUCCGGCGCUGCUGCCAAAUCCAUCCGGAACAAGUUUCUGGCCUUAUUCGAUAUCUCAGGGGGUGCAGAUGGUGAAUCGGUGCCGCGCUCGCGGUUUCCCAUCCCUCAACAGGUCGCGCGAUGCGAGAUAUCGACUCUUCGUACGGCUGGGCUAUCUCAACGAAAAGCGGAGUAUAUUCAAGGACUAGCGGAAAAAUUCGCGAAUGGCGAAUUGAGUGCGACGAUGUUGGCGCGCGCAAGUGAUGAGGAAUUGGUGGAGAAGCUGACGGCUGUGCGUGGGCUGGGACGGUGGUCCGUGGAGAUGUUCGCUUGUUUUGCUUUGAAGCGGAUGGAUGUCUUUUCCACGGGAGAUUUGGGUGUACAGCGAGGAUGCGCGGUCUUUGUUGGACGAGACGUCAAUAAACUUAAGGGAAAAGGGGGCGGUAAAUUUAAGUAUAUGGCGGAAAAGGACAUGUUGGAUUUGGCCGCCAACUUUGCGCCCUAUAGAAGCUUGUUCAUGUGGUACAUGUGGCGGAUCGAAGAUGUGGACGUGGGUGUCCUUGAAGGGUGA